AUGGAUGCUAUUGAUUUAGGAGGUGUUUCAACUGACGAAAACUGUUUUAUAAUAGAUUUUCAAGCGGUUCGUUUACUCUAUUUUGUCGACUACCAUAAUUCCAGCAAACAGGAUUUUGCACAUAAAUUGGAAGAAGAAAUUUUUAAAAUAGUUUUUCAAAAUUCCUUCAAUCAUAUCCGCGUAUCAAUACUGAAUAGUGUUAGUAUCGACAGCGAAAUUGAUAAUAUAUUUGAAAAUAUUGUACGGCAUAUCAUUAUUGGUGGAACAUGUAUGAUAACAUUUGCAAGUGUAACUUGUCUGACGAAGGACUGGGUGACAAGUAAACCGCUGAUUGGUAUUUCCGGUUGUAUUUCAUCCACGUUUGCUGUGGUAACUGCUUCUGGUCUGUUGCUCCUCUGCGGCAUGAAAUACACCAGAGACAAUACGAUUAUUCCGUUUAUAGUUGUAGCUGCUUGGAGAAAAACCAAUCCCAAAGAUUCUGUUGAAAAGAGAAUGAGUGAAAGUUACAUGGCUUUAAGUAUUUUCAUAGAUUACAUCUAUCAAGUUACAUUCUUCGGCGGACUUCUUGCACUGGAUGGCUAUCGAGAAGCCAAGAAAUUGCAUGCAAUACUCUUUGUUCCUGUUAAGUUGGAUGAAAGACCACCAGGCUUCAUGGGAUUUAUAAAGUAUGGCUGUUAUUCGAGUAUAAAUAACGAAAACAACGCAACAAUGACUUGUUACAAAAACCAUUUAGGAAAGAUACUAACGUUUCCAAUUGUAAAAGCAGCUAUUAUUAUUGUUUUUCUCUUGUAUCUCGCUGGAGGAGUCUAUUUCACGAAAUAUAUACAGCCCUCUACAGGAUCCGAUAGAUCAUUUAACGACAAUUCUAAUAUACUAAACUUCUUUCGUAAUGACAAUACAUUCUAUCCACAAUAUCGCGAUAGAAUCCAGAUAGUUGUUACAUCAUCAUUGGAUUACUCCGAUCCAAACAUCCAGAAUAAUAUAGUGAAAUUAACGACAGAACUGGAGAAUUCUCCUCAUAUGGCCGGAAGUAAUUUCACAGAAUCGUGGCUGAGAAUUUAUCUGAAGUUCAUUAAAAACCCACAGUUUUGGAUUUCUCUCAGAGGAUACAAUUUGAGUCGACCCGAAGACUUCACCGAUGCUUUACGCAAAGUAUUUCUUAAAUUCAAGUGGGCCAAACGCUUCAACAAAGACAUUGUCUUCAGUGAAGAUGGCACUAAAAUAUUAGCUUCCAGAUUUUUUAUUCAGACGAAACUGGUUGAUAAUUUGCAGAAAGACAAUGAAGUUUUUAUUAAUCUCUGGAAUGUAAUAGAUAAAUAUAAUCUUCCGGUAAAGUGCUACAACUAUCGAUAUAUUUUCUUUGAUUAUAUAAUUAACGCAGUUCCUACAACAACUCAAUCAAUAGUCGUUAGUUCUUGCGUAGUGAUUUUGAUAUUUAUCAUUUUGAUACCAAAUUUGUUUUGUGCAUUUUGUAUUGCGCUCACAAUAGCUUGUAUUGAAGUAAUAACUAUAGGAUAUAUGUCCGUAUGGGAUGUUACAUUCCAUCCAAUAGUGACAGUUUUUUUAAUAGUGAUCACCGGAUUUUGUACGGAUUACGCAGCUCAUAUAUCGUACGCAUACGCAAAGAGUAAAGGAAAGAAUCCGAAUGAAAAACUGCGAGAUUGUUUGGAUGUUGCUGGUCACGCGAUUGUGCAAGGGUUGUGUAUUCUUCCAAUAAUGCUAUCGUUAUGGGAUAGUUUUCUGUUAUUAUUGUGUAAAAGUGAGGAGAGUCAGCUUUCGGACGAAGAGUUUUCGGAUCGUCCGAAUACGAAUGAAGAGUUGUUAAAAUAA